UGAGCACCAUGAAGAAGAACAAUAGGAACUCUACCACAAGGAUCAAUGAGCAAGAUGCCAUCUCCAUCCCACCCUCCCAAGAUCCAGGAGAUCUUCAAAAUAUGUUGAAUGGAGGAGAGUAUGCCCCUUUUGUAUCUCCUCCCAUAUUAGAGAGCAAUUUUAUCCAGGUUAACAGGAGAGGUGAAUCCAUUUACCUUCAUAACCAAGCCAACUGGGUGACUGUAGGCAUCUGCUCUUCAAGUAAAACCCACAAGACCCCCAGUGUGAUGCUUCUGGCACAUCUGACCCCUGAAGCUCAGAAAGAUACAGAACCCCUGUUUCAAAGUCUCCUGACAUCUCCUUCGCCAGAGAACCUGGUGCUCACCAGGUUUCUCCCUCUGCAGUUUGUGACUCUUUCUGUGCACGAUGCUGAGAAUAUGCGCCUCAAAGUAAAGCUGGUGAGUGGUCGAGCCUACUACCUACAGCUCUGCGCCCCUGCGUGUAAACAGGACGCCCUCUUUUGUCAGUGGGUGGAACUCAUCUCCCUCUUGAAUGAGGAGAAAGCCAAAGCUUCCAAACCGUCAGAAGUCUCAAGCCUCUCAGAAGUCACAAAUAGCACAGACAUCACAGGCUCGACGGACAUCAUGGAUAUUGCAGCGUUCACAGCUCUACAGAGCCCACCCCUGUGCACAUGUUCAGACCCCGUACAUGCUGCAGAAAGCACUGAUUUCUCAGAUUUCACAGAUGUCACCGAUGUCACCGACGUCACAGAUGUUCCAGAAAAUGAGGUCAGAGAGACCCCAGAUAUAAAUAUUGUCACAGAAAUCACAGAAGUCACAGAAGUCACAGACCUCUGUGACGUCCCAAACUGCUCAGAGGUCACGGUGGUGUUUGAAAAUGAUGACAUACUAAGGGCCAAGCAAGAGGAAAAGGAAAAACUAGGAAACACUCUGAAGUCUGGGUGUCUACGUGAUGCAAAAACUAAGAACGAGCUCAGAGAACCCUCAAAACAUGUCACCAUCUCAAAUGUAACACUGACUUUCCAAGGUGAACGAUGUUUUCAUACUACCUUGACUCAAGGUGAGACAAGUUCGUUCAAAGGGAUGAGUGCCAGAUCCUCUGAAAUAAGGACAACUGAAUUUAAAAGCACAGCUCUUGAGGCUGAAGAAUCCAGGAGCAUGAGAACUGAUUCAGUCACCUCAGAUAAAUACAAACUACUAAACUAA